AUGAGUGCGUCUGUAGCUGUCUACAGGAACAUUUACACAGAGGACAGAUUCAGACAGGUUUAUGGUACUGAGGCCAAACCCCGCCAGCCCCUCCGGGAGAGGCUGAAUGCACGCUGGCGCUGCUCGCAGGUCCACUGUCUUCACCUGCUCAAGGAGCGCAUGCCCAUUUUCAACUGGCUUCCAAAAUACAGACUUAGGAAAUGGAUUCUUGGAGACACCGUUGCUGGGCUGACCGUUGGGAUACUGCACAUUCCUCAAGGAAUGGCCUUUGCUUUAUUAACAUCAGUGGCUCCAAUCUAUGGACUCUACACAUCGUUCUUUCCUGUGGUGCUUUACAUGCUGUUUGGGACAGGCCGCCAUGUAUCCACAGGUACGUUUGCUGUAGUGAGCUUAAUGACUGGCACUGUGGUGGAGCAGCUUGUGCCCACCCCUCCUGCCCUGAACUCCAGCAGCCCAGAGGCUUUGGAGCUGGAAGAUCAGAGGAUCAGUGUGGCUUCAGCAGUAGCUUUCCUUUCAGGAGUGAUGAUGCUUUGCAUGUUUGGUUUGCAGUUGGGCUUCCUCUCCACAUACCUAUCUGAACCCAUUGUUAAAGCAUUUACCAGUGCCGCUGCAUUACAUGUGACCGUCUCACAGCUGCAGAACAUGCUGGGGUUACGACUUCCCCGCCACACAGGCACCUUCUCACUCUUCAAGACACUCGCCUCAGUGAUGGAGAACCUGCCUCACACGAACCUCGCCGAGCUUCUAAUCUCACUGCUGUGCCUGGCCGUUCUCGUCCCCAUUAAAGAAGUGAACACACGAUUUCGGCAGCGUCUGCGCACCCCCAUUCCUGUAGAGAUUCUCACAGUUAUAAUCGCCACAGGAGUUACUUAUGUCUCUUCACUGGACUCCACAUAUGACAUCCAGAUAGUGGGUCACAUUCCAGCAGGGUUUCCUCAGCCUCGGCUACCUGCUUUGCACAUGGUGCCGGAGAUUGCUGGUGAUACAGUUGCCAUCACAUUUGUAGGCUACGCUGUAUCUGUGUCAUUAGCAAUGAUAUACGCUGAUAAACAUGGCUACUCUAUUCAGCCUAAUCAGGAGCUGUUGGCACAUGGCAUCUCCAACACAGUGUCCUCUCUCUUCACCUGCUUUCCCAGUUCAGCUACACUGGCCACCACGAACAUAUUAGAGAGUGCUGGUGGUUAUACACAGCUCUCAGGUUUGUUCACAAGUCUGGUGGUGCUGGUGGUGCUGCUUCUCAUUGGCCCUCUGUUCUACUUCUUACCAAAGGCUGUGCUGGCAUGUAUAAAUGUUACCAGUUUGAGACAAAUGUUCCUGCAGUUUCAGGACCUUCCUGAUCUAUGGAGAGUUAGCAGGAUUGACUUUGGGGUGUGGCUGGUGACGUGGCUUUCCGUUGUUGUGCUUAAUGUGGAUUUGGGUCUUGCCAUCGGUGUGGUUUUCUCAAUGAUGACUGUCAUUUGUCGCACACAGAGAGCUGAAUGUUCAGUGUUGGGCAGAGCUGCUAAUACAGAGAUCUACCGGCCCAUCGACAACCACAAUAAGUGCUAUGAAGUCCCUGGAGUUAAGAUCCUGACCUAUAAUGGACCCAUCUUCUAUGGGAACCGCAGCUUCUUCAAGGCAGAUGUGAACCAGCUGCUGGGUCUCACACCUGAACGUAUCCGUAGCAGAGAGAAGGCCAGGAAAGCACUGGAGAAAAGGGAGAGAGACUCUAUAAAUACUGUGGAGAGAGGAGUUGCAAACGAGUCAUUUUCCUCUGAGAAUGAAUUCUUUAAAUCAGAAAUGGCAGAAAACGAGGUGCAGGCAGUACUUAUCGAUUGCAGCAGUGUUAUAUUUGUUGAUGUUGCAGGAGCAAAACUAUUCAUACAGAUGUGUAUUGAAUGCCAGAAGAUGGAAGUGAGGAUAUAUCUGGCAAAUUGCAAUGAAAGUGUGUUAAAGAUCCUCACAGCCAGUGGCCUGAUGAACUACAUAAACCCACAGCACAUCUUUGUCACAGUCCAUGAUGCCAUAGUUCACAUUCAACAACAGAAGGAAAAGCCUUCGGAAAACACAAUGAUCUGGGUGUGAAUGUCGACAGACAUAUCUUUCUAGAUGUUGCAAACUUGAUGUAAAAACUGACAAACACCUGCAUGAAUGUGAAGGCUGAUUUACCAGGAACUUCAUUAUGCAGGAUUAGGGGUUAAAAUCAGUACAUCAUCAUAAAUAUGCACUUCAGGACAUUUCUAACUUAGUGAGUAAAAUACUAACAUACUGAAACAGAUUAUUUCAUUGCUUAAAGUGUGUUUUAUUAAUCGGAAUAAUACACAUUAUGAGUGAAGAACAGAUACUAAUCUGUACUCUGUACGGUCAGAAGAGAAGUACACAGACAAUGCAAAGUGAUGGAGCAGUCAGCCAACAUUAGCCACCAAUUAGCAUGUCGACAUGUGACGUCUGGGGCAUUAUCUAACUAGUAGACGGGUAGGACAGAAAAGAACAAAAAGCCAAACAUGCCAAAACUCUUUACUGGUGGAUGAGGUAGACUGGGCUAAUUAAUUGUGCAAAUAAAAGUUGUAAAUAAAAAAAAUGUAAGGUAUUAAAAUUUUAUACUUUAUAAAAAAUUAAUUGCCACUGUAUGAUUUUAGACCAAAAAUGUAUUACACAUUGAAGACUUAAGCAGAAACAAGCAAGCAAUUUAUUUAUAAACCCUUGGUUACUCAAUAACCAGAUUAUCAAUUUUACUGGAUAGUAUAAAGCAGUUCGCCAUGACCUCCUGUGCUGACACACUACAUAAAACACAAGUGACUAAUCAAUGUCCUAUCAAUGUCUAUAAACUGUAUAACAAAUCACAACAGGGUCAAAACACUGCUGAAAGCAGAAAUACACUCGACAGGGUGCCAGCCCAAGGCCAUGAAUUGAACCUGGGGCAGGGCAACAUUGGAGAGACAAAUUGUACCAGUAAAGGGGGAUCCUGCCAUUCCAAAACAUUGCUGUCGACAGACAUUCCAAACAUUACGCAUAGCUAGUGAGUGGAAUAUGUUUCUUUAUAAUUUUCAGUAUACUGGUAUAUGUACAGAUGGCAAAUGCAUUUACAUCCUUGUGCAAGUCCACCAAAGAUUUACAGUUAAACUUUAAUUUACAAUUUACCAAUUGUAAAACUGCUCUGCUGUAUUGAUUUAGGUUUAAAAAAAAUAAAACUGGGCAGGAAGGCAGUAACCUUUAAUAUUUAACAUCUUUAUUAUAGAAACACAUUUUCUUAAUUUCCUUUCAUUAUUAUAAAGACAUACUUUUUUUAUUCACGUUGUAGUACAAUGUUAAGACACAUGUACUGUGUACAUACAAUGAUAUACACAAUAAAAGCAUGUUUAAUAAGCCUACCAAAACCAAAAAUGGUUAAACACUUUCCUUCACCUAAUAAAAACACAUUUUAAAUGUUCAAGAUCUGUAUAAAAACAGCUUAUUUACAAAAGUUUGGCUUUAUGUACAGUACUGACAUUUUUCAUCUUUUAUUAAUAAAUUACAAAAAAAUUAACACAAAACGUCCACAGAUAAUCAGGCACAGCAUAAAUCCUCCAGUGCAUGUUUAGUCUGUUUGCAACUAUCUUUGCAACUAUGUCCACCCGUUAUGUACCCGUUGUUUCAACUGAGCUAAAGAGCUGUUGAACUUUGCAUGAUUGAAUGUCUUUAGAAUAUAUAAACAAAUUAACCCUGUACAGAAUACAGCACCAUGCUAAAACUGCACACAACCAUAUCAGUUAAUUACCGGUUAUACAUUUAAGGCGGUUCUUGAAGUAAUACAAUGCAUUCUGGAUACUUGAGGUGUUGUGAUGGCGGAAUUUAGAAUAGGCUUUGUCAGUUUCCGUCUCUCCCCAUGGCAACAAGGCUUUGAUUUUGGAUGCAUGGUUGAUUAUGACAUCAUCACAAGAACCCACGUGGAGAGAGCCGAGUCCAUCAACAAAAAAUUCUACAAUGGGAAAAAUAUCACAAGAAUUAUAUUAGAGCAUUAAAAAAGUGAACCACUGUAAAUAAAAUCUAAUUCUUUA